AUGCCAGCGAUGCAGCAGGAUAAUCCAACGUUGCUAACUGGGCCUGGUAUGAAGAGAAGUUGUUAUUAGAUCAUCCACUGAGAAAGAGUAAGAGAAUGAUCGUUGUACUCUAACAUUGGGCUAGCUUCUAUUCAAACUUAACAAGUACAUGGAGUUUGAUGGGAUGCUGGUCCACAUAAUUGUUCGCAUGUAAAUGUAUGCGAUUUUUCUGUCUAUUCUCGUAAAUGAAUCUCUCACGGUCAAGUUACUGCUCCAAGAUUCUCAACAAUGUCUCGACAAAUCUAAGCUAAAUAACCCUUCUGGUGCGCCGUCCGGUGGGGCGUCGCUUGGGCAAACACCUUUGAGUACUGGUUUGAACACUCCUGCUGGAGAGAGCGGGAAACCAUCGCCACUAGCAGCUCGACGGCGAUCUUUGGAAAAUGCCGCAGCGAAGAACGCCAAUCAAGCAAAAACGCAACUUUGGCAAUUGAUCACGGGGGUGAUUAUUUUAUGGACUGAAGACUGAAACGAAAAGAAAAUACAAAUAGAGAGCGGAUGGAAAUACAACCAUGCAUUCGUAAGGCUUCCACUAUAGGUCGAGUAAGGCUAGGUCGAGUAAGCCUAGGUCGAGUAAGGCUUCCACUAGAUGGCGGGAAUAACUAUUACAAACCAAAGUAGGACAAAAAAUUUUCGGGGAAGAAGCAGCUACUGAAUCUGAAGUGGUCAAUUCUGCCACGCUGCUGCUUCACACGCUGCUUCCAGCGGCGCCACCGAUGGGAGCUGCGGCAGAGGACCUCGAGGGCGAUGCUUUUCUAUCAUGGUGAAGCGUCAUUGUUUGCUUGGAUGUUUCGACCUGCUGUAGCCUAGGUCGAGUAAGGCUUCCACUAUAGUACAAGAUACUCUUUCAUCUAGUCAUGCAUAAGGAGGAAGCGAAGUACAACACUCUCUAAUGUUCCCAAGUGGUACUGAGUUUGCACAGCCCUUCACACGACAGAAUGCGGCUCACGUCUCACAAUGGUUCCGGAAGCUGCAGAGCUCGGCUUGUCUCACAUGGUCAGACCUGCUAGCCUACGUAAAAAGGGAGCAAAAGAACGCAUUGUUGAGCAUCAUGAAGAUUAGGACUGUUCUUGAAAUUUCCUGCAUUUUUACAACUGGCGAUCUCGCCGAUCACCUUCAUGACCCACAACAGUAAUCUCCAUCUCCAUGGCGUCCUCAUCACUAGCCUGUCACUAUUAAAAAAAUAGAAUCUCCGCUACAGGAAGAUUCAAAAACCCACCCUCUCACCAUUUCCCCCUCUCUAAGUCUGCCCAACUGAAGCGUUGGCACGGUCCGGACAUUUCUGACACCGUAUGGAUGACAGAGGCUGCGCAGUUAGAGCGCAUCUUCGAGUUCCUGUGGCCCGUUGAAGCGGCAAAAAACAUGUCUCAAGUGAGGCAAUGGAUUGUGACCUACGAUUUGCAGGAACACAACAAGCGAAUCAAGGUAAAGCCUCCACCAAUCUUGAAUGCGGAGAAAACUGAAGAACUGGAGGCGAUGUUUUUGCUGUUAGUGGAGACGGUGAGUUGCGCAAAUCCAGAUGCGGAUGAGGACUCGGUAAUUAUUCCUUCGUUCUUCCGCAGUUGUGCUUUAGUUACCUCUCGAAUGGGUACACUACUACUACUACUACUAGUUCUUCCGCAGUUCAUGGCGAUCAUCACUCAUUCGUUCAUCUUGGUGAUCUCAAUCACCCUCGUCUCACAGACAUAAUUCGUGUUGUUGCCUUGUUGCAUCAUCAUCUUCUUUUCCUAAUUACUUCAAUACCAAGCGACAUGAUGCAACCACAUUAUAGAUACUAUAGAUACAAUUACAACAUCAAGGUCUCAUUCCUCGACGUCAUCGAAGCGAAACUUUUGUCCGAUGAAGAGAUCACCCGUUGGCGCGAAAUCUUAGACAUUCCUCUCUUGCAAGGGAAACCUGAUCCGGCUGCUAAUGUUAUGGAGUACAGAUUUUUCUUGUUAAGAUGCUUGCUGAAGCAAGACAAGUAGACUGACAAAUUUUUUUUUCCUUCUUUCGCUAAUCCUCUGAAAGUAUCCGAAGAUCUAUUCCGCGAGAUCGCUUGUCCGAAUGGCUACCGCGCUAGCGAACACGUUACUAGAUGCGUAGCUGCUGAUGGGAAGGAACUCGUUCUAGAUCCGGACUUGGGAUGGAUAUUAAAGAAAGCGUGAAGAUAAAAUUUAUGGAGGAACCUGGUCAUAGUGAAGGAGGUAGAAAAUAGAUGAAGAAAUAUGUUCAGCAUGUUGCUAGUUCAAGCUCGAGUCAUUUUCUGCUUGGUAGUCAGGCAAAGCUAAUUUUAUUGUAGAAAUUUCUUUCGGUUUCGUUGUAGUUUCUUUGACGGAGGGCAGUCUUACAAGAACUUCUAUAUACUCAUGUAGUGCAGCUGCAGGGAAUGUGUAGGGGACAUUAAUACGAUUCUGAGCUUAGUGACACGGUCAGGCAUCAUUAACUAGCGUUUUGCAAUGAAUUUGUGUCAAGAGCAAGCAAUCACUUGUCGACGACGAGUCAGCUCUUCGUUGAUUCAUAAGAUUCUUGCUAUUAUCCUUAUCGGCACUUGUAGUACUCAUUCAGUCAAAAAGUACUGUGGGUAUGUUAGUUUAUCGUCAGCUGAUAACAAGCCAGCAGUUUUUUUUGUUGUAGUAAAAAUGUUCGGUGUUGUAGAAAGGUGUGAAAUCGAUUUUGUUUAUCAAGAACACCGGGUCAUGUUCAUGAAUCAUGUUGCUCUGCAACCAAUAUGGAUGAAUUGUGUCGUGUCUAAGUAGGUGUACAGUCAGGAGUCUGGGAGUCAUCUCUGUGUGUCAUUAUGUGGAG